AAGGCCCUGUUCUGUGUCACCUUCACUCGCCUUCUAACCAGAAAGUGCAAAUCAACGUCUAAAGUACCAACAUCUCCUCAAUCCUACCUCACAGCGUCCUUGUAUUUUCUUCCUUCUUUGUUCCUGGUGCAAAAUAAGUUCUUGCAGGACACGGCCAGCGUUGGAGCUGUGAUUUGUGGGCAAAGGUGAUUUGGUAAUCAUGGUAGAGGAAAAUGGUUCAUAUUUACCAAGGGAGAAGGGAAGAAUUCCCCUGUUCAUAUUUCUUAAGGAUGCAAGAGUCGUUUUCAAGCUGGAUGAACUUGGGUUAGAAAUAGCCAGGAUUGCUCUCCCCACUGCAUUAGCUUUGACAGCUGAUCCUAUUGCUUCUCUGGUUGACACAGCAUUCAUUGGUCAAAUUGGUCCAGUAGAACUUGCUGCUGUAGGAGUUUCUAUAGCUGUGUUUAAUCAAGCAUCAAGGAUUGCAAUAUUCCCACUUGUAAGUGUCACAACCUCUUUUGUUGCUGAGGAAGAUACUGUUGGAAGAGUUAGCCCAGAAGCGCAAGAGUGUGAAUGCUUGGAAAUGGGUUCAACCGUUGGUACUGAAAGUAAAGAGUUGAUACCAAAGAAUGACUCCGGUGAAAGGACAUGCAAUUCAAGGUCAUUUGGUUGCACAAUUGAUAUGCCUAAUGCUCAGAACAAAAGAAGAAAUAUCCCAUCAGCCUCAGCAGCACUGGUUAUCGGUGGCAUUCUUGGCCUAAUCCAAGCUGUAGUUCUCAUUUUUGGAGCAAAGCCUAUAUUAAAUUUCAUGGGGGUCCAUUCAGAUUCCCCUAUGCUAUCUCCUGCACAACAGUACUUGACAUUGAGAUCAUUUGGUGCUCCUGCAGUUCUUCUUUCCUUGGCCAUGCAAGGGGUAUUCCGUGGAUUUAAGGAUACAAAAACUCCUCUGUAUGCCACUGUGGCAGGAGAUAUAGCAAACAUAAUUUUGGAUCCAAUACUUAUGUUUGUUUUCCAUUUGGGAGUCAGUGGUGCAGCUGUUGCCCACGUUAUAUCUCAGUACCUGAUUUCUGCUAUUCUCAUGUGGAGAUUAAUGAAAAAAGUCUAUCUCUUACCUCCAAGUAUCAAAGAUCUGAAAUUUGGACAAUUUCUUAAAAAUGGUUUUCUACUCUUAAUGAGGGUCAUCGCUGUGACAUUCUGUGUGACCCUGGCUGCAUCAUUGGCUGCACGGAGGGGUUCGACACCCAUGGCUGCAUUUCAGGUCUGCUUGCAGAUUUGGUUGGCAACAUCUCUGCUUGCUGAUGGGCUGGCUGUUGCUGGGCAGGCAAUUCUUGCAAGUGCAUUUGCUAAGAAGGACUACAACAGGGUGACUGCAACAGCAUCUCGAGUACUGCAGUUAGGACUGGUUCUUGGUUUGCUACUCGCAAUCAUACUCGGUACUGGACUGCAUUUUGGAGCAAGAUUAUUUACAAGUGAUGCCAAUGUCCUGCACCUAAUCAGUAUAGGCAUCCCGUUUGUUGCAGCAACUCAACCAAUAAACUCCCUGGCCUUUGUUUUUGAUGGCAUCAAUUUUGGAGCCUCUGAUUUUGCAUAUUCUGCCUACUCCAUGGUUCUGGUGGCCAUGGUUAGUAUUUUGUGUUUGUUCAUUCUCUCAUCCCAUUAUGGUUUUUUCGGAAUCUGGGCUGCUCUGAGCAUCUAUAUGAGUUUACGAUCAAUUGCGGGCUUUUGGAGGAUUGGGACUGGAAGCGGACCAUGGUCCUUUCUCAGGAGCUAAAUGUGUGCUUUGAUUGUGGCUGCAGCAUCACUCCCCCAGACUUUCAUGUGCAGCUGUUUGUUUUCAUUAUUUUCUGUUCAUGGGAACUUUCUUUUCUUUUUCUUAGGAAAAUACCAAGAGCUAAAAGAAACUGCACAGCACAUAUCAUGGAAGACUGUUAUAUAAGGUAGCAUUCUUCUUGCUGUCUUCUCAAGUUGUAUGCUUCAGGUAAUGUAGCGUUUAUGUAUGUACAAGAAAUUCAUAGGCUGUUUGUUGCACCCAAUAUGGGGCGAGAGAGAGAGAGAGUCCCCUGGCUUGUAAUGAACUUCAAGAAUCUGCAAUCCUAUAAUUAGUUGAAAAGAGUACA